UUAAUAAUGUUUUUUCCUAUGUACGAAGAUUGUAUAUCAAGAAUGGUCUUAAAUAUAUAAAUGUAGUAAUGUGUGUGCAUGUUGUCCAGGUGUACGAGAUGUUUCUGAUCGGGUACCAGUUCCGCGUGCUGUCGCCGAUCUUCACGAUCCACUGGGGGCUUCAGGCGCGCCGCUCGCGCCCCCUGUGGCGGGAGAAGCAGAACGAGAAGAACAGGAAGCACUUCGAGACCUUCAAGCGGGAGCUGUUCGCGCGCUACAGGACGGACCCGCUGCACCUGCUGCGCCGCCCCCCGCAGAGGAAGGCCUAGGCCUCGGCGGG